GCUGACUGAGGGCGACCGACCGACCGGUCGUAGUUGGAGCUGCUGCCGGGGCCCGGGAUCGGGGUGUAGCUGGGGGUCGGGGAGAGGCCGGGGAUCGGGCCUCCGCCAUGGCGUCCCGCUUCGACUACAUCGCGCCGUGGUGGACCUACUGGCUGCACAACUUCCCCCACUUCAACCUGCGCCUGCAGCCAGGGGACGGAGCCUUCCGCCCGCAGGAACCGGACUACCAGCAGGCACUGAUCUUUUUGGCUGCCAUUGCCAUUGUCUGCUUGGGCCUCAAUUUGAUUUGCCUCUUGAUUUACUUGCUGUGCACCUGCUGCUGCAAGCCAGCUGAUGAUGAAGAGACCAAGAAGCCACAUUCCCGCUGUGUCACGUGGACAGCUGUGACUGCUGGUCUGAUCUGCUGUGCUGCCAUUGGGAUUGGCUUCUAUGGGAACAGUGAAACCAAUGACGGUGUCUACCAGCUGACCACCUCCAUCUACAAUGCCAAUCACACGUUUGCUGCGAUCGAUGGCUUGGUAUCUGGGACGAUUGGGAAUAUGAGAGUUGAUCUAAAGCAACAUAUUGCAAGGCUGGAUGAGAUCUUCACCCAAAGAAUUGAGUUUAUUUAUACACUGCGGUUCAUGCAGCAGCUGGCAGAUGCCAUUGUCUCCCAGCUAUCCGGGCUCCCGACGUGGAAUGAUGUCGACCUGAAUGUGGCAGCAACAGCUGACCAAAUCGGCUACUUUGAAUAUUACAGGUGGCUGUCGUAUCUUUUGCUCCUAAUUAUUGAUUUGGUUAUUUGCCUGGUAGCAUUUCUGGGUCUGGCCAAACGAUCCCGGUUGCUCCUCACACUAAUGAUUGUCAUUGGCAUCCUGACUCUGAUCCUCAGCUGGGUUUCUCUAGGUCUGGACACGGCUGCAGCUGUGGGGAUCAGUGAUUUCUGCGUGGCUCCAGAUAAAGUCAUCAUGAACAUGACCCAGAAUAAAAUCAGCUCAGAUGUUGUGCAUUAUUAUCUAUACUGCAGCCACAGCACGCGAAACCCAUUCCAAAAGACUCUGUCAAGUUUCCAGCGCUCCCUGACAACCAUGCAACUGCAGGUCCAAGGAUUGAUGCAUAUUGCCGUCCCAGUAUUCCCCAUGGCACAGAAGGACAUUAUUGGAAUAAUGCAGGUGCUCAAUAAAUCUGAAUCAAAUUUGCACCAACUCACAGCAAUGCUCGACUGCCGAGGUCUGCACAAGGAUUACCUGGAUGCCCUGAACGGUGUUUGCUACGAUGGUGUUGAGGGGCUGCUCUACCUGUUAUUGUUCUCGCUCCUUGCUGCAGCUGGAUUCUGUGCCUUGAUCUGUGCCAUAUCCCGUGGCUACGUUCACUUUGCAAGCAGAGAUCGAGAUUAUGAUGACAUGGAUGAAGCCGACCCUUUUAAUCCACAGGCUCGUCGCAUAGCAACCCACAACCCGACACGAAGCCAGAUACACAGCUUCUGCAGUUUCAACAGCAGUACAGGCAGUCAGACCAGUGUCCAGCCGGCUGCCAACACCAGCAUCGCUCAGCCACUCAACACGGCUCCUGUGUCCGAGUACAUGAAUAACACUGUGUUAUUUGGUGGGAAUCCUCGAUUUGAAAAUGUUCCACUGAUCGGCAGGAAUUCACCACCACCUUCGUACACACCCAGUAUGAGAGCGACCUACCUUGCCGUGAGUGAAGAACCAAACAGAAUAUACGGAAAUAUAUUUCCUGUUUAACAUUUCUGCUAGGCUUCAUAGCAGAGUUCAAAAGUUCCAAAUAAUAGCCCAAAGUCUUACUGUACUAAACAAAGAACGUGCUCUGGCCAAAACCUUCUGGUUCAAUGAAGUCUGACGGAGCAAGUCAAGAGAUGUCGGCAAUCUAUUAACAUUUUUCUGAAAUGACUGUUACUGAAUGCUUGACAUUAUCUCUGAAAAUACUGCAUGAUUUUUAUGUACCUUUAUUGAUGUACAGCAGAUAUGUGAUUAGAAGAUGAUUUUGAAUUGCCUUUCAAUUAGCAUUUGAUACAUGGAGUGCCUUGCAGACACCUUUUUAGAAAAACGUGUUAAUUUGUACUGAAUAUCCACAAUUAAGUUUAAUGAUGAGUUUAAUUCUAGGGCUUUAAUCCAUGAUUAAUUGCAGAACACCCUGGAGUGUGAUUUAUUUUAUUCUUGAUCAGGAUCACGAUCAAAGACUGCAUUUCCCCAAAAAAUCAACACUAUUCUAACCGGUUCACUGUGCUUUUGUGUGUUUGCUUUCUUGCCAAUUGCAGCAAAAUAUUGUCUGAUCAUGGAGUAGACGAGGAAUCUUGCAUUCUGCCAGUCAAUAGAGGAGGGAUCAGCAAAUGAGUGUGGGGGCCAAGGGGAAUAAGAAAAGUACAACAUUUUUUAAAACAAAUACAAAUUCUCAACACGUAAUUUCUUUAAGGACUGACACUGCCAUGAAUUUUCUUCAGUAAAUUUUAGUUAAUCCCAUUUUAUACGAGAGAUGCAAAUCCCACGCCAGUCAGUCUGAAUGACAUAAAUGGCACCGUGGGUAAUGUGUGUUUUCUGAUAAAAUAAUAAUUUGCCAUUACAGUAAUAGAGUGCUUUUUUUCUAAUAAAACUGAAUCUAAAUUCAGAUUCCAGAUUUAAAA